AGUUUGUCCAGUUUGACUCGAAAAAGUCAAAGUGGACAAAUACACUGGGACGGAGGUAGUAUCAUGCAGUGUCGUCAUCAUGGAGGAGGGAGCUUGGAUUAUUUGUUCCACAUUCCAGCGGAGGCUCGAUCCAAUAGGGGUAGUUGGAAGAGCCUAAGCGAUGCGAUAAUGGACUUUUACUGGAGAGAGUUUCAGAAACAUGAUUCUUGGGACCCUCGCAAUUAUGAUGGGGUUAUGUUCUGUGCUUGGCGAUCGAAGGCUAGAAGGCGAUACACCGACUGGCUCUCAUGUAUUAGAAAUGAGAAGAAAGGAACAGAGAAGGUGCAACCACUUGUAUCACAAUCGUGGAAGGAGUAUUGGAAGUCGCCAAAGUUAUUGGAAUCCUCCAAGCAAAACAAGAAAAAUCAUCGUGGCGGUGUCGAGGCUCGUGGGACUCGAGUUCUCAGGUUGUAACGGUUUGUUAAGCACCCCAACAUUUUCUUAUAAAGCAUCCACUUUAGUCCUCAAUCUACAUACCAAUAAAUAAUUAAAAUGAAUGUUGGUUGAUAAC